UCCAGGUCCUCACUAGCUGUCUUGUUUCCUCUGCUGUAUGAACCUGUUACAAGGUCAUUUUGCUGGUUUUCACAGAUCAUUGGAGCGAAUAGGUUCAAGCUACAAACCUAACAGCUCACUGAUGAUAUCAUUGAUGAUGCAGCACCUCCUGCCUCUCACUACUCUGCUCCUUCUGUCCAUCGUUCCCACUGAAACUGCAGUGGUGGCAUCAGUGGCACAAUGUAAUGAGUCUUUUCUUGAGAAAACUCCACCAAACAUCCCAGAUAUUUUGGAGGGAGGGAACAUCAAGGACCAGAACAGAUACAAAGUGAUCUGCCAGACUUUGACAGACAUCAGGAGGUUUGUGACGCUGUACGACACCAAGAACAGGAUUCCAGUUUUUUCUGCUGCAGAGUACAGAGGUGGAGGCGAGGGAAAGGGAAGUCGUUGGAAGAUUGAACCACAGCUUGAAAACCAAACUGGUGAUGCCAAUAUGACACCAGCAGACAAGAAAAUCACCUACGACCACCAGGCUGGAACUAAUGAUUACGCUAAACAGACAGAGUUUGACAGAGGGCAUUUAUUUCCAAGCUCUUAUAGAUCUGAAGAAGGUGACAUAAACUCUACAUAUACCCUGACUAAUGCUGUUCCACAAAGAAGACGAUUUAACAAUGGUAGGUGGAACUUGAUGGAGAGAUGUGUUAAAUGCAUUCUGGAUAAUUACUGCAUUAAAAACAAUAACCAAAUAGAAGGCUUUGUAGUGAUCGGAGCACAGCCCGGCAAUGAAAACCCACUCAACCAAAGGAUAAAUAUACCUUCAGUGCUGUGGUCGGCAUUCUGCUGUUACAGUCAAAGUAAGGAGAGCUGGUUGGCGAGUGCACACUGGGGUGAGAACACAGAUGAUGGCCCAAAAUAUCUGCAGACCAAGACCUUGGCAGAACUCCACACAAAGCUGAGAAUUGAAGCAUUUCCUGGACCACAAUGCCGUAAUGGCAAAAGUGCCACUGAGCUUUACUCAGAAAGUCCCUGCAAAGCCCAAUGCCGACAAAAGUGAAACAGAAAGAAGAGUACAUCUACUCGUCCUACAACCACCCCCACCCCUUCAGUCUUCUUCUUCCACAUGUAAUUCACCAAUCCCUCCCAGCUCCAAAUCUUUCUCAUCACCUGGAACAUCUGUCUCACUUUCCUGCACAGUUCCAAAUUACAGUACCACAUCUGGCAAUCCAACAACUGGCCCUCUGGGUACUACAGCCAGUGUUUCUGCUGCUGCAUCUGUCCAGAUUUCUAGCACAUGUGUCAAAAGGUUUUACUCUAAACCUUUUGACGCAUGAGAGUGAUGAGAUUCCUUAUAAGGCAACAGACUAAAGAUGAGAAUUCUGAUUCAAAGCAAUUUUUUUUCUUUUAGAAAACUACCUGUAAGCACCAUAUGAGAAGCCGGGGUUAAUCGAAAAGUGAUUUGGAAAAGUUAAAAAACACGAUCAUGUUAAAAGAAUAAAUAAUAAGGAACUGUAUGAUUGACUUUGAAAUGACUGAAAAAAGUACAUUCAAAAGUUUACAUCAUUAUUGUGAAAUGAAAGGGCAUCAUCAGUUUUUCCUCCUAGUCAUUUUUAUUGAUUAUUUCAUGCUGAUGUUUUCUUACCAGAGUCUCUCUAAACAUUGUUCUCUAUCAGACAGGUGCCACAGACCACAUCACAAUGCAAAUAUUAUUGAUGCUUCAUAAAGGAAGCUUGCAAUCAAAAUUCUUGGCUGAAUAAACAACAUCAACACUGCAAUUUACAAAACAAUUAAAAAUAAAACAAGUUGGAUUAUAUCUUUUUGGCAAAGAUAUACAUAAAGCAUUUCUCAUGCAUAAAGGGAAACUAAGCAUGGUUUUAAAAUUAGCAAUUAUAUUACAUUUUAAUUAUAAAUGUCUGAUUUAAACCACAUUUAUUUAUCUACUAUUCAUGCCUGAGAUGAUAAUGAAGUAAAAGCUACAGAUGUGAUUAAAUGAAUAAUGAUGUUUUUGGUUCGGGAAUCGCAUGAAGGAUUUGUUAAGCUGUGGUUCCUGCUUUGUAAUCUCCAUGUUUAUUCUUUCCUGUGUUUAUAAUGACCGUAUAGUUUUGGUAAUUUGGUAAUUUACCUGAAUCAUGUGCCUUGAUUUCAUGCCUUUAUUUUCCUUCCUGAGUGCCUGAUUGAUUCUUGUGCUUUAUCAGAUUUACUUUCUUUGUUUUUGUGUUUUUUGACAUUUAUUCUUCCUGCAUUUGGGGUAUUUUAUCUGCCAGUGCUGUUAUUUUUUUCUCUUUUCCUCACAGUCAGAGUUCAGCCACCAUUGUGAUUGUUACACUGGGUGCAGAUGUACUCAUACUCAAAAUAAGUGGUGUUACCAACAUAAACUGCUUUGAGAUCAUCUCUUGGUUGAAAAUGUCAGAAAUGUAUCAAAUAGCAAAAGCAAGGACGAUUUGAGACAAUAUUUACACACACUGUGAUGUGCUGGUAUACAGAAAAAAAUGUUUAAUGAUGUGUUCACCAACAGCUAUAGAGAAAAGAGAAGUAUUUGUUGAAGUACUGAGUUGUAGUACCAGCUACAACUCAACAACUGGUUGAGAUAGCUGGAGGCUAUCCCAGCUGUCAAAGGGUGAGAGGAGUUAUGGACAAAUUGCCAGAACUGUUGAGAGACAGAUCUGAGAAUAACCAUAUAACCCAGCACAUCAUUGAACUGUGGGUGGAAGCUUGGAGAGAACCCACACCAGCACUGGGAGAAGAUACAAUCUUCACACCGAAGACCAGGAAACUGAUGGAUUCACACCCAGGACUGUCUUCCUGUGAGGCCGUGGUGCUAAUCACCAUAACAUCAUGCAGCCCAUGCUAAACUAUAUGACUGUAACUACUCUCUAUAGUGCUUUGUAAACCAUUUAAUAUGUUAUUGUGGUUCUAAUAAAUUACAACUGGAGCAUCA